GUCGCGGAAUCCUGACCAACUGCAGAGACGCAUUAAUGUGGGCGAUGGUGGAUUCGUGUGACUACUGAGUUUUUACCAAAGGAGAGCAGCGCUAGAGAGAGAUGGGCGUGACAACUGGGUGUCUGGACCACGACUAGUCUCCAGGGGGAAAGAGCAUCUCGCAGUCUCCAAUGUACCCGAUGACAACGGAGAGGCAAUGCCGACUGUCCGGUCCAAUGGUUGUUCCAUCCAAUUUACCUUAGCAGGUGGUCUUUUAACAACGGCACGACGCCCGAUAUUGAGGCCACACGGGGAUUGACACAAUCUAAAAGGGAAUAAAAAAUCUUACGGACCUACUUCGGAAAACAUCAGCGGGCACAAUGGUUCCUUGGCCAAUGGGGACAAGGGACGGAGGAGAAGUCGCCUGGCCCUCUACAAGAGACCCAAAGCCAACGGGGUCAAACCUGAUGUCAUCCACAAUGUCUCUACCCCUCUGGUGUCAAAGGCUCUCAGCAACAAAAGCCAGCACAGCAUCUCCUACACCUUGUCCAGGAGUCACUCGGUCAUUGUAGAAUACACCCAUGACAGCAACACAGAUAUGUUUCAGAUCGGGCGUUCUACAGAGAACAUGAUUGACUUUGUGGUGACGGACACGGCAGGCAGCAGCACCAGUGGUGGUGGGGGGCAGGGUGCGGUGCCAGGGUGCGGGGCCAGGGGGCAGGGCCAGGGUCAGGGUGCGGUGGGCGAGUUGGGCGGAGGAGGAGGGCAGUCGGUCCAGAGCACAAUAUCCCGCUAUGCGUGCCGUAUCAUGUGCGAACGCAGCGCCCCGUACACGGCCCGCAUCUACGCCGCCGGCUUCGACUCCUCCAAAAACAUCUUCCUGGGGGAGCGGGCUGCCAAAUGGCGGACGUCGGACGGCUUGAUGGACGGCCUGACCACCAAUGGCGUGCUGGUGAUGCACCCAGCGGGGGAGUUUGUGUCUGAGCCGGCGCCGGGCGUGUGGCGGGAGAUCUCGGUGUGUGGGAACGUCUUUGCCCUGCGGGAGACACGCUCGGCCCAGCACAGGGGAACAUUGGUGGAGAACGAGUCCAACACCCUGCAGGACGGUUCUCUGAUCGACCUGUGCGGCGCCACCCUUCUGUGGCGUACCCUGUCGGGCCUGCGCCGCACCCCCACCCUCAAGCAGCUGGAGACCCUCCGCCAGGAGCUGAAUGCCGCACGGCCCCAGUGCCCCGUGGGUUUCAACACCCUGGCCUUCCCCAGCCUGGCCCGGCGAGAGAUUGUGGACAAGAAGCAGCCCUGGGUCUAUGUCAACUGUGGUCACGUCCACGGCUACCACAACUGGGGCUACCGGAAAGACAAGGGCCAUAACGUGGGCCACGGAGGGACGGCUCUGGCGAGCACCGGGGAAAGGGAGUGCCCCAUGUGCCGGCGCGUGGGCCCCUACGUGCCCCUGUGGAUGGGCUGUGAGGGCGGGCUGUACCUGGACGCGGGCCCCCCGACGCACGCCUUCUGCCCCUGUGGCCACGUGUGUUCGGAAAAGACAGUGGCGGGCUGGAGCCAGAUCCCGCUGCCGCACGGCACACACGCCUUCCACGCCGCAUGCCCCUUCUGUGGCACCUGGCUGACGGGCGAGCAUGGGCACAUCAAACUCAUCUUUCAGGGGCCCGUCGACUGAGCCUGCCACUGGGGGGUGAGAUAGAGGGCAGGGUGGAGGGAGGGUGUACUAUGGAAAAGUCUAAAAGGAAACAUGAAGGGARAAUCAUUGGAAAGACUGUUGAAAUGAAGAUGGACUGAAUUGAAGAGGUAAACGUGAUGGAAGCAGAAAUGGUAUUUAAGUUGUAUUUGGGGAAUAUGUAAAUAAAAUGUGUUGAAAUGAAAA